AUAUGCACAACUAAAUUACAGGGAUUAAGACUAGUCCCAGACUAUGCGAUCUUUCUGUAUCCUCAUGUGUGUUGUUUUAUGCUUGCGGCAGCAUAAAUUACCCGUCUGGGAUAACUGAAUUAAAAAACUAACGUUUUCAAUAUCAAUCUCCUUGAAAUUCCUCAAGGCUUAAUCCACGUGUGGGAGAAUAGCCCAAAGUGUGAUACGGUUUUCCCAUUGCACUUUUCCGAGUCCCACAGACUGAAGCACACCAAGCAUGCACAUGAUGUGUGGUUAACCAGGGAACUCAUCUGAAAUGACCAGGCAUGUUGUCAAACGCAGCUCUUUCCUCACACUUCGCCCCAGGCCAUUGAUUGCACAUUGUAGGGUAGCUGUAGUGCAUCUUACUGUCAGUUGUGUUGUUGAGUAUAAAGGUGGUGUAUGGGGCUCAAUCUGAAUAGAGUUUAUUCCCACAGGAAUUUGUGCUACACUACAAGUUUACAGGACAAUUUAUCCCUACAGGCGACUACAGUGUGUCUCUACAGAAGUCUGUGCUACAGUAAAGUUUACAGGAGACUACUGUUUUACCUCACCUGAAAUUCGAUAAAGUGAAGUUGACAUGUCCAUCGGAGGGAUGUUGUCCAUCUUGACUUUUUUGUUCCUGCUUCAGUGCGGCUGUGUCUCAGUACUUCCGUUGUUUAGGUUCAGCUUCCGUCCAGCGGCGGAUUUGGCCCAAAGAGUGUCUCUUACUGAGCUGAACCGGCGCACAGGCUCACCGUUUCUCUUCCGGGCAAACAGGCGAACCGUGCAACUUAUUUCGGAGGUGGGAUUCAACACGUAUGACAUGGAUCUCCACUUUGGAGUUCGAGAGAGCGUCUGCCCCAUCGGAAGCGAUUAUCUGGAUAGAUGUGCCACUAAAUGGAGCCCUUCUGCGGUGGAGGGGUUCUGCUCCAGCCGAGUGCGUGUCUCUACAGGCUAUGCUCUGCCCCUGAAGCUGCGCUGCAUGAUUGACAGCUCCAGCAGCGAAUCCAGCAGCAGCGAGGAGGAGCUGGUCAGGGUUAGGGCACCAGUUGCUGCUCAAGUCCCGGGCAUCGUGCUGUGCAGGGGGGCUGCCAGGUGUACUCAACUCCUCUGGUAGUCACCAUAUUGCUACUAAGUCUAUAAAGCAGUACCCACUCUAUCUAGAGUACACAAAUCGUAAGUAGAUAGUGUUGCCUCCUAUAAAGCAGUAUCUAGUCUAUCUAGAGUACACAAAGUCUAAGUGGAUAGUGCUGCCUCCUAUAAAGCAGUUCCCACUCUAUCUAGAGUACACAAAGUCUAAGUGGAUAGUGCUGCCUCCUAUAAAGCAGUUCCCACUCUAUCUAGAGUACACAAAGUCUAAGUGGAUAGAGUUGCCUCCUUGAUAAUCAGUAACUGUGAUGUCAAGUGUGCGUUGUUAUCUUUGUGUAAUAGCACUUACACUCUCCAGGUGAACAGUAAGCCUACAGUUGUAAAGUCUGUUGAUGUUAUUCAUUGUAACUCAGUAUAUUAUACAAUUCUUAAUGUUAUAAUGUUGGUUCCGAUCAGUAACUGUGAUGUUAAACGUUCUUUGUUGUUUGUGUAAUAGCACUUACAGACUCCAGGUGAACUGUACGCCUGUAGAUACUAUUCCUUGUAACUCAACAUUACUCAUUACUUAAUAGUGUGGAAAUGCAGAAUGCUUAUAGGAUGCAGAUGCAUAUCUAACAUAAAAAUGUGGCAAACCAAUUAUGAGUUAUAAACGUUUGUGUAUCCAAAAAUGUAUUAUAAAACACACAGAUACUUUGGUAACACUUUACUUGACGGGUGAGUUCAUAACACAUUCAUAAAAGCUGUCAUA